AUAUUCCAGCUAUCACAAGGAAACCUUUCUCUAUCAACCCACCUCAUGUCCACUUAUUACAAGUAUAAAGCUGCUUCCCAGAACAAAACCCAAAAUGGCUGGAAUAGUUAAUACUCACCAUAUAUACGGCACAGUACCUAAGGUAUCAAUACAAGACAUGGACGAAGUCCUGGAAAGGAUGGAAAAUGGUGAAUGCAGACUUUUAGGUAAGACAGACAAUAUCCAUUGUUCAUCACAAAGCAUGGAAAGUCCUAAAUGUUACAGCAUAUAUUCAAGCAAGAAUCGUGUACAUGCUGUUACAGCAACCCUUCAUCGGGACCAACACCUUCUAGGGGCCAAUGCAGAUUGCAAUACCAAUAACAGUAAUAAUAAGGAAGAGGAGGAGAAAAAGAAAAAGAAAAAAGAAAAGAAAGAGAAGUCUGACCAUAAAAAGGAAAAGAAAAAGGAGAAAGAGAAGAAAAAAGACAAAGAAAAGGGGGAGAAGGAAAACAAAGUUAAAGCAAAAGAGGAGAAAGAGAAGGAGAAAGCAAAAGAGAAAGCAGAAAAGGAGAAAGAGAAGGAGAAAGAAAAAGAAAAGAAGGAAGAAAAGAAAAAAGAAAUAUUUGUCAUUGAUCCUUCAGGAAAUCUAUAUUACAACUGGCUCUUUUGUAUAACAAUGCCUGUCAUGUACAACUGGACUAUGAUAAUAGCAAGAGCCUGUUUUGAUGAGCUUCAACAAGACUAUCUGGAACUCUGGUUCUUUGUUGAUUAUAUAUCAGAUGCGAUUUACAUUGCUGAUAUGUUUGCAAGGACAAGAACAGGUUACUUGGAGCAAGGUCUUCUGGUCAGAGAUGAAGUUAAACUCCGAGACAAAUACAAAAAGACCUCGCAGUUUAAGUUGGAUGUUUUGUCUAUUAUACCAACAGAUAUAUUGUAUUUCCAGUUUGGAUUAAACUACCCAGAGCUGAGGCUCAACAAACUACUAAGAAUAUCACGUAUGUUUGAGUUUUUUCAAAGGACAGAAACAAGAACCAAUUACCCUAACAUAUUCAGAAUCUCCAAUCUUAUCAUGUACAUCGUGAUUAUUAUUCACUGGAAUGCAUGUGUUUACUAUUCCAUUUCUAAGGCUAUUGGAUUUGGGGAAGACACAUGGGUCUAUCCCAAUACAACAGAUCCAGAGUAUGGAAGACUGGCUAGAAAAUAUGUGUACAGUCUUUACUGGUCAACUCUGACACUGACCACUAUUGGUGAAACACCACCACCUGUACAGGAUUCUGAAUUCUGGUUUGUUGUUGCCGAUUUCCUGGUGGGAGUCUUGAUUUUCGCUACCAUUGUCGGUAAUGUCGGUUCCAUGAUUUCAAAUAUGAAUGCUGCCAGAGCCGAGUUCCAAGGGCGAAUUGAUGCUAUUAAACAGUACAUGCAUUUUCGAAAAGUGAGCAAAGAUUUAGAGAAAAGGGUAAUCAAAUGGUUCGACUACUUGUGGACAAACAAAAAAGCUGUUGAUGAAAGAGAAGUGUUGAAAUACCUACCCGACAAGCUAAGGGCUGAAAUUGCUAUCAAUGUACACCUUGACACAUUAAAAAAAGUUCGCAUUUUUGCCGAUUGCGAAGCUGGACUUUUGAUUGAGUUGGUAUUAAAACUGCAACCUCAAGUAUACAGCCCAGGAGAUUACAUCUGUAGAAAAGGGGAUAUUGGAAGAGAAAUGUACAUUAUAAAAGAAGGCAAACUUGCUGUAGUGGCUGAUGAUGGAAUUACACAAUUUGUGGUUUUGAGUGAUGGUAGCUACUUUGGCGAGAUCAGUAUUCUCAACAUCAAAGGAAGUAAAGCUGGUAACCGGCGAACGGCUAAUAUUAAGAGUAUAGGGUAUUCUGAUCUUUUUUGUCUGUCUAAAGAUGACCUUAUGGAAGCCCUCACGGAAUAUCCAGAUGCUAAAGCCAUGCUGGAGGAAAAGGGAAGGCAGAUUCUGAUGAAAGAUGGUCUACUUGACUUAGACAUAGCAAACUCAGGGGCUGAUCCAAAGGAUAUAGAAGAGAAGGUCAUUCACAUGGAAGGCUUAGUGGAAAACCUACAGACAAAAUUUGCUAGACUUUUAGCUGAGUAUGAUUCAGCACAACAAAAACUUAAACAGCGAGUCUCCAAAAUUGAAAAAAUAAUAAAGCCAGAGACUGAAGCUGUAGAAACAGCAAUGGAAGAAACCAAAGAUGAAGCUGAAGCACCACCACCCUCAAAAGAAUAAAUUCAUUUAAAAUUGCAAAACUAACUUGUAUCAUAGGACUCUUUUGUAUUAAAUAACAGG